UAUAAACACAUUUUGAAUUCUCUUCCUGGUUACAGCCAUUCUUUUUAAGGAUUUGGGUUAAAGCUUCCUCAUUCUACAUUAAUUCAACUCUUUCUAGUCGAACAGUCUCGAGCUCGCACCCUUUACGAAUCAUGGGAGGUUGUGCGAGCAGGCCCAAGGAUUUGGCUCUCGAAGCUAAGGUCCCCGUUGAGGAUCCUGCUAAGACUGUCCCAGAGCCCGUGGCUGAGACUGUUCCCCAGGAGAGCAAUGCAGGUGAGGAGAAAAAAGAAGAGCCUCUGAUAGAUGUUUCUGCACCAGCUGACGAGGCUCCCAAGGUCGAGGAGGUGAAAACUGCUGAGCCAGAAACGACUCCAGAGGUAACCACAGAGGAUAAGCCUGCUGAGCCAAAGGAGGAAGCCGCUGUGAAGAAAGUUGAGGAACCUGCCAAGACUGAGGAAGUUGCACCGAAAUCCGAAGACAAAUCUGAGGCCGUCCCUACCCCUGUAGUCUGAGCAUUUUUUGAUUCAACUACAUGAACUAGACGAAAUUACUCUGUAAUAAGUUGAGGCUCAUGUAACAAUUUCCUGCAAUAAGAAGAAUAAAAUGCCCAGCUCAUGUUGAAUAAAUUCUUGCAUUGGUGGGGGGGAAUUCCACGAUCCCAAAUUUCAUCAACUCGACCAUACCCAAUUCUCAUAACCAGUCUACAAGGUAACAAAGGGAUGCCUAGAGGAUACAGCGCAAGAAUAUUUGAAAACAACCAACAUCUUUAUCAAACAGGUGCAUACUGGUUAAGUCGAAAGAAUUAAAGAAAAUCUUCCGGAAUUAGGACUUUUAAGACAUCUGAAUUCACCAUUGUCAUCAACAUUAAGCAUAAGAAAAACUUAUGGAGAAGAGCUGAACUAGGCAGUGAAAACAUAAGACAAACUUC